AUGGCUAGCAAUGGCGAGAUCGCAGGUGUAGUCGCGGGAGCAGUCGCCAUAUUCGUCGCCAUUAGUGGGAUACCUAUCAUUAUCAUGUGGCGGCACCGAAGGAAAGAGGCUGCAAGAAGAGCCCGCGAGCUGGCCGCACUGCGAGAGUAUGGCUGCAUGCGACAGGUGGGCGUGGAGAGAUGGCUGGAAGAGCAGCGGAGGGAUACCGUUGCGUGCAUCCGAAGCAACAACACCAACAAUAAUGUCCAUGAUUUUGGACGGUACGCGCAAGAACCGUGGUAA